UUUAAACUCGAAAAGCUAGAAUAUUCUUGGAUUUUAUUCAUUUAUGCAAAUUACAGGAGGUAACAUUGCAACAAGGUUGGCAGUGUGUGUCAGUGUGCUGCAGCUGAGUUAAGCUUGACGGUCGUUGGAAAUCAAGUGCUUUGUAAGUGAAUGCAUUCUGACUACAAUCAAAGACAGUCCAGAAACCGCAGUUCAAGGAUUGGCUGACUUAUUUUAAGAGGUGCUUUUUUAUUAUAUACUAGUUAGUAUCUUGUUGAAAUUGGGACAAAGGCUGCAUCUUUCAUGGGAUCUUACUUUUGUGAUGUGUUUGAACUGGAUCUCAACUCUGUGCAGCUGCCUCUAGCCUUUCUGCAAAAGGAGCUUUAUGGUUCUUACUCGCUAACAUGUGUGCAAAUGAGAACAAAUGGCACGACGGUUAAGAUUGCAUUUUGCAGCCCGAAGAAGCAACACUGAUCCUUUAUCAGAAAUCUCCGGAGAUGGUUUAGAUAGUAACAUUCAUGUGUAUUUCCAAAGACCUUCACAGAAUUCUGCACCUGAUACUAUACAAAUGAAGGUGACUCCCGGGCAAGCUGUCUUUCCAACAGUAAUGCAGGAAAUAAUUAAUCAACAGCAGCAUUCAACUGUUUCUUCACUGCAAAAGACCAACAAAAAGAGCACUUCGCUGCAGAUUUCCCUGCAGUCUAAAAGGUAUAGUGAAUGUUUUCAACCUGAUACAGUAGUUGCUAGUGAAGACACUUUCAUCAGUGUUGGUAAUGAAGGAAAUGCUUGUAGCAGGAAUAUGGCUGAUUACAGAUCUAAUAUGCUAAACAGUAGCAGCCAUUUGAGCAAUGCUGCCAUGUGCAAUGCCAAUCUUGGCGGUAUUGCAGCGAAUAACAGUGGAUCCUUCAGUAGUACUGGCAGUGACUAUGAAUCGUGUACAAGUAUCACUAGUGAUGGAGACUCAUACAGCAACAGUAUAAUCAGUGACAGUAGUAGUUGCACUCUUUCCACUGGUGAUGAUACUUUCUGUAGUAGUAUUGUAUAUAAUACUACUUCAUAUAGAAGCACAGCAAACAAAUGUAAUUCCUAUAGGAACAAUAUAUAUCAGGAAGCUUUAUGUAGAAGUAAAAAUACUACUUUUGAUCAAGAUGGUUUGGAACAAGUGAAAUUGCCAAUGAGGAGGAAAACUAAAAUUCCACUACGACGUUUUUCAUCAUUGGUAAUCUUUCCUAGGAGUCCUUCCACUACCCCACCAACUUCUCCAACAUGCUUGGGUCCUCUACCAAGCAAGGGACCUUAUCAAACAUCACAUCAGUUCAUUAUUUCUUCUUCUGAACUGGCACAAAAUGAAGAUCAAACAACUUCUUCUAAAGGGUUCCUUUCAACAGCAGUCAAUGGACUUCGACUAUCUAAAAGCAUUUGCUCUCCUGGUGAAACUAGAGAUAUUAGACCUCUUUACUUGAAUAGUUCAUUACAGGACAAAAAUCAAGCUGCAAGUAGUGCUGAGCAGACAACCUGUGAAAAAACAUCCGACAGCUUCCCUUGUAUUUCAGUUCAUUUCACUCAACAAAGAGAAUCUGCAUCAAGGGAUGAAAUGGUUAAUGGUUGCUACAGUCCAGAGUUAUCAGAAAAGGAAUUAAAUUUGUACUCUGAUGCAAAGUACCCUAAUUUAAAACUGAUACGUAGCACAUCUGCAUGUUUACCCUCCAAAAAACAUUCUGAGUAUCAGAUUCUUAUAAACAAAUUAGAAAGACCAAAUACACAAAUGAGGACAACCCACCAUAUUCUGCAAAGAAGUGUUUCAUUAGAAGGAUCUUGUCAAAAAGUUUCUUGCUGUUUAUCCAGUCUUAAAUACAAGUGUCCUAAGGCAGAGACAUCCCAGUUGCACAUACAGUUCACACCUGGAAAUGAAGGAAAAACUAGUGGCUUUCCAAAAAAUGCCAGCAUCUGCCAAAGGGAAUCAAGUAGUACUUUGUGGAGGCCCUACAAGACAAGAGAUGACUUCCUAGGUCAAGUGGAUGUUCCUCUUCAUCAAUUACCGGCUUCCACACACCGUCCGUUCCUUGCUAAUGUGACACGCGCUGUGAGAUAUCUCUUCUCUUUGUGUGUGACUACAGAAAAUCCAAAUAUGGAGAGACCAUACACCUUUAAAGAUUUUGUUCUUCAUCCAAGAAGUCACAAGUCAAGAGUUAAAGGUCACCUAAGAUUAAAAAUGACAUACUUACCUAAAAACAAUGGAUCUGAAGAAGAAAACACAGAACAGGUGGAAGACCUGGAGCCUGGCUGGAUUAUAUUGGACCAACCGGAUGCUGCUUGUCAGCCGCAACAGCAGCAACAGGAAUCUCCUCCUCUACCUCCAGGCUGGGAAGAAAGACAAGAUAUCCUUGGUAGGACCUACUAUGUCAACCAUGAAUCCAGAAGAACACAAUGGAAAAGACCAACUGCUCAGGACAAUCUAGCUGAUGUUGACAAUGGCAAUAUUCAUUUGGAGGCACAGCAUGCAUUCACCCAUCGGCGACAGAUAACAGAGGAAACAGAAAAUCUAGACAACAGAGAUUCUCCUGAGAGCUGGGAAGUUAUAACUGAAGAUGAGGCCACUAUGUACAGCAAUCAGAAUCUUCAAACACUACUGCCACAGAGCAGCUCUGAUAUGCAGUCUCACCUUGCAGAAGAAUUGAAUACCAGACUUACUACCUCUGGGAGUCCAGCCACUGGCCAAUCAACUUCCUGCAGUAACCAUUCCAGCAGAAGAGGUAGCCUGCAAACAUACAGAGUUGAGGAACAGCCUGCACUUCCUGUGUUACUCCCUACUUCAUCUGGAUUACCUCCAGGUUGGGAAGAAAGGCAAGAUGAAAAAGGAAGGUCAUAUUAUAUAGAUCACAAUUCCAGAACGACUACCUGGGUAAAACCUGUUGUGCAGACUACAAUAGAAACAAGUCAAUUAUCAACUGUCCAAAGUGCUCCUACAGGACGUCAACCACAAACAUCAAGUGAUUCAUCAGAACAGUCUUCUAAUCAACAACCUGAAGUAGAGCAAGGAUUUCUCCCUAAAGGCUGGGAAGUCCGACAUGCACCAAAUGGGAGACCAUUCUUUAUUGACCACAAUACCAAAACUACUACAUGGGAAGAUCCAAGAUUGAAAAUUCCAGCUCAUCUGAGGAAAAAGACCUCUCUAGAUCCUGUAGAUUUAGGCCCCUUGCCACCAGGAUGGGAAGAGAGAACUCACACAGAUGGAAGAAUAUUCUACAUAAACCAUAAUACAAAAAAAACACAAUGGGAAGAUCCUCGAUUGCAGAAUGUAGCAAUAACUGGACCAGCUGUGCCUUAUUCCAGGGAUUAUAAACGAAAGUAUGAAUUCUUCAGAAAGAAGUUGAAGAAGCAGAGUGAUAUUCCAAACAGAUUUGAAAUGAAACUUCACCGUACAACAAUCCUUGAAGAUUCUUACAGAAGAAUUAUAGCUGUAAAGAGAGCAGAUUUCCUUAAAGCAAGACUCUGGAUUGAGUUUGAUGGUGAAAAAGGCUUAGAUUAUGGAGGAGUGGCCAGAGAAUGGUUCUUCCUUCUCUCUAAAGAAAUGUUUAAUCCCUAUUAUGGAUUGUUUGAAUAUUCUGCAACGGAUAACUACACUCUGCAGAUCAAUCCAAACUCUGGAUUGUGCAAUGAAGAUCAUCUCUCAUACUUCAAGUUUAUAGGACGUGUAGCUGGAAUGGCUGUUUACCAUGGCAAGCUGCUGGAUGGCUUUUUUAUUCGACCCUUUUACAAGAUGAUGCUUCAAAAACCAAUCACACUUCAUGAUAUGGAAUCUGUGGAUAGUGAAUAUUACAAUUCUCUGAGAUGGAUUCUUGAAAAUGAUCCAACAGAAUUGGAUCUCAGGUUUAUUGUUGAUGAAGAACUCUUUGGACAGACCCAUCAACAUGAGCUGAAAAGCGGUGGAUCAGAAAUAGUUGUCACAAACAAGAACAAGCGAGACUACAUUCAUCUUGUAAUUCAAUGGAGAUUUGUGAGCAGAGUCCAGAAGCAGAUGGCUGCCUUUAAAGAGGGUUUUUUUGAACUAAUAUCUCAAGAUCUAAUCAAAAUUUUUGAUGAAAAUGAACUAGAGUUACUAAUGUGUGGACUGGGAGAUGUGGAUGUGGCUGACUGGAAGUUAUAUACAAAAUACAAAAAUGGCUACAGCAUAAAUCACCAAGUUAUACAGUGGUUUUGGAAGGCAGUGUUAAUGAUGGAUUCUGAGAAGCGAAUAAGAUUACUUCAGUUUGUCACUGGCACAUCCCGUGUACCUAUGAAUGGAUUUGCUGAGUUGUAUGGUUCAAAUGGACCACAGUUGUUUACAGUUGAACAGUGGGGCACCCCUGAAAAACUGCCAAGAGCUCAUACCUGCUUUAACCGCUUGGAUUUGCCUCCAUAUGAGUCAUUUGAAGAUUUAUGGGACAAACUUCUCAUAGCAAUUGAAAAUACUCAGGGUUUUGAUGGAGUUGAUUAGGCCACAGAAUUCAACAUGCUAUGUUGUUCCAGUGCUACAAUUUCUUUUUAAGGGUUUACAAACAAUUUAAAUAUUUCCAGGGAACCUAAUGUUCUUUCAGUUAUUUGGCUAUUGAACUUUCAUAGUGUAAUUUUGUAAAACAAAUAAGUGUUAAAAAUUCACCAACUCUCUUAAAUACAUUUUGCCAUUUUCAGUAAUAAGUAUUUUAUUAGUGGCUACAAAAUGUAUAGUGGGUAGCUUAACCCCACCAAUGCCUCGAAGAGUAAAAUGUCUUUCAACAAUUACCUCUUUUACAGUAUUUGCCAGAUUGUCCUACAUUAAACUACUGAAAUUAAAACUGUGAAACAAUGUUUGCAAGUGUACAUUUGAAACAUUGCUGCUCUUUUGAAGAGCAACUGAAAUGAUUAAACAGUUUGAGGAAAUUCAGUAUAAUGCAAUAUCCUAUUCUGUGCUGCUUCAGGCUGUUUAUGACAGAUCUGCCCAAAGCACCUUAUUGUUUAGUAUAUUGGGUAAAACAUUGAAAGCAUUUGCAUUUCUUACUCACGUCAGCUUGCAGAAUAUUGACUGACUUAUAUAAGGUUUUUUUAAGAAUUCUGUUUCGACUUGCUUUUGUUAAAAUGCAGUUUGACAAAACCAGGAACUUUUGUAAGACACACUUGAGUAGCAUAUUUCUGAAUUGUAAUAAGAAAUUAUAUUCUUUUGUCUGAAUUCAUAUGCUAUCAUUGAUUUCUUGAGUUUUCAUCACAUUUUUGAUAAACGUUAACAAUGGAUAAUAUUUCAGUUCAGCCUUUUGCAACAAAAUUAAUCUUAAAGCAGAAUUUGUCUGACAACCACAGAGUAUUAACUAAAACUGACAGUUAAAUGCCUUUGUUAUCCAUUCUUGCAGUCUUGCACAACAAAACAGUAAGGACAUGUUUACAGGGUUUUAUGGGCCAAAUUCAGCCAUCUGAUAUGUGCAAACUUCACUGACAUCAAUGGGAAUUGGGCAUAUGAAUCCAGGAGCAGAAUUUGGCCCUAUAAUAUGUUUACAGGUUAUGCUAGUUUCUAUAGCUGCGUUUUUAUAUUUUUUAUUUCUUCUCUGUUUGUUAGUCUAGAAACCAAAUUUGUUAAUACGGUAUAACCAAAGUCAUAGCCAAUAAUGUGUAAUUUAUUGUAGGUCAGCUCUUCUUAUAAACUUAGCUUGAUGUGUUUUGUACAUGUGGAUAUUUUGAUAUGAGUGUCAGCACUGGUUAUUUUGGCAAGUGCUGGUUAAAAUGAUUAUCAAACUUAAUUCUGAAAAAUGUAUAGGUUUACAUGCCUGGCUUGCUUUAAUUUGAACAUUUUGUUAACCAAUAUGAUCUCGAGGCAAUUACAGUACAUAGCUUUGGCCAGCAAUUUUUUAUUCAGUCACUGUCUUUUAAAUAUGCAAAAACAAAAGUGUAGGUCAUCUCUAUAAAGACAUGUAAAUUAUGUAACAAAUGUAAUAGGUCUUAAGGGAUAUUUAAAAUCCCACUUUGUUUUAUUCUUCUUUAAAUUGGUCUUUAAUGCUGAGUAUUACAUGUAAAUAAAAAGUAACUUAUACAAAAUUCUGAUAAUCUAGAUGCAGUUUUGUAAAACUUGGAAUGAUAUAUCAGUAAUUCUGUAUAGAUUUGAAUGUAGCAGUAUUUGUUGCGUACUUUAAAAUAUAAAAUAUUCACAAAUAAAGAUCCUGAAGCAGUAAAUAAAAAUUUA